AUUUGGGGCAUUUAGGGAGAGCUUGGGGGGACCCUGAGGGGCGCAAGGGAUGAUGGGAGUUGUAGGCCCGGGUAGAAGACGGUUUAACGGAGCCGCGGAGCAUCACGGGAUUUGUAGGCACAGCGCCCGUGACUUCCGGUGUGGCGCGGGGCGUGCUGGGAGAUGAAGGCGCUGCUGCAAUAGCGCUCUAUGGGCGCCGCGGGGCAUGACGGGAGUUGUAGGCUGAACGUGACCAAAAUGGCUUCGAGCCCAGGUCCCGCCCUAAGCCCCGAUCCCCGGCGCUGAUUGGUUGAGAGCGAUGAUGGACGGGAGCCUUGACCAAUGGGAGGUGCCGGAGGCGGGAACAGCGCAUUUAACAUCUCCAGUUCCUCCCAGUACAGCCCAGUUCAUCCCAGUACAGCCCAGUACAACCCCAGUGCCCCUCCAGGCCUUCCCAGUAUAGCCCAGUUCAUCCCAGUACAGCCCAGUACAACCCCAGUGCCCCUCCAGGCCUUCCCAGUAUAGCCCAGUUGCUCCCAGUCCCUUUCACAGCAUUCCCAGUGUCCCCCAGUACAUCCCAGUCCAUUCCAGUAUCACUCCCAGUACGCCCCAGUUCACCCCAGUGUCUCCCAGUGCCAUUCCCAGUCGGUCCCAGUCCAUUCCAGUAUCACUCCCAGUCUGUCCCAGUUCAUCCCAGUAUCACUCCCAGUACAUCCUAGUUCGCCCCAGUGUCUCCCAGUGCCAUUCCCAGUAUGUCCCAGUCCAUUCCAGUAUCACUCCCAGUACGUCCCAGUUCGCCCCAGUGUCUUACAGUGCCAUUCCCAGUAUGUCCCAGUUCAUCCCAGUAUCACUCCCAGCAUGUCCCGUGCCCCCUGCGUGCUCCCAGUAUGUCCCAGUUCAUCCCAGUAUCACUCCCAGUCUGUCCCAGUAGACCCCAGUGUCUCCCAAUGCCAUUCCCAGUAUGUCCCAGUUCAUCCCAGUGUCUCCCAGUACAUCCCAGUGCCAUUCCCAGUAUGCCCCAGUUCAUUCCAGUAUCACUCUCAGCAUGUCCUGUGCCCCCUGCGUGCUCCCAGUAUGUCCCAGUUCAUCCCAGUAUCACUCCCAGUACGCCCCAGUUCACCCCAGUGCGAUUCCCAGUAGGUCCCAGUUCAUCCCAGUAUCACUCCCAGUACGUCCCAGUUCACCCCAGUGUCUCCCAGUGCAUCCCAGUGCCAUUCCCAGUAUGCCCCAGUUCAUCCCAGUAUCACUCCCAGUACGUCCCAGUUUGCCCCAGUGUCUCCCAGUGCCACUCCCAGUAUGUCCCAGUUCAUCCCAGUAUCUCCCAGUAUGUCCCAGUUUAUCCCAGUGUCUCCCAGUACAUCCCAGUGCCAUUCCCAGUAUGCCCCAGUCCAUCCCAGUAUCACUCCCAGCAUGUCCUGUGCCCCCUGCGUGCUCCCAGUAUGUCCCAGUAUCCCUCAGUAUCACUCCCAGUACACCCCAGUGUCUCCCAGUGUCUCCCAGUGCCAUUCCCAGUCUGUCCCAGUUCAUCCCAGUAUCACUCCCAGUCUGUCCCAGUCUCCCCAGUGUCUCCCAGUCCAUCCCAGUGCCAUUCCCAGUCGGUCCCAGUUCAUCCCGGUAUCUCCCAGUCUGUCCCAGUUCAUCCCAGUAUCACUCCCAGUACGCCCCAGUUCACCCCAGUGUCUCCCAGUGCAUCCCAGUGCCAUUCCCAGUAUGUCCCAGUUCAUCCUAGUAUCACUCCCAGUCUGUCCCAGUCUCCCCAAUCUGUCUCUGCUCCGGCCACGCCCCUCCCUUGGCCACGCCCCUUUCCUCCUUGA